ACGGCCCCCCCGACUCGCAGGGCACAGGCCCUGGCAGAAGAUGAUGGAUUUCUUAAAGAACCUGUUGUCGGCGGAGUUCUUCGAGAUGCUGGAGAAAAUGCAGGGGAUCAAGCUUGAAGAGCAGAAGCCGGGACCCCAGAAGAACAAGGACGACUAUAUCCCGUACCCCAGCAUCGACGAGGUUGUGGAGAAGGGAGGCCCGUACCCCCUGAUUGUCCUGCCCCAGUUUGGGGGCUACUGGAUCGAGGACCCGGAGAAUGUGGGCACGCCCACCUCGCUGGGCAGCAGCAUCUGUGAGGAGGAGGAAGAGGACAGCUUCAGCCCCAGCACCUUUGGCUACAAGCUCGAGUGCAAGAGUGAAGCCAGGGCCUACCGCAGGCACUUCCUGGGCAAGGAUCAUCUAAACUUUUACUGCACCGGUAGCAGUUUGGGGAACCUGCUCCUGUCCAUCAAGUGCGAGGAGGUGGAGGGCAUUGAGUACCUUCGGAUAAUUCUCAGGUGGGGCUGCAGCAUGGCGUUCUGCGAUGACGCAGUGGGACUGAAAUUCAGCCCUGUCCUGUACCCCAAGACCCUGGAGGAGGAGCUGUUUGGGAACAACGAGGAGAGCCCAGCUUUCAGGGAGUUCUUGGACCUGCUGGGGGACACCAUCACCCUGCAGGACUUCAAAGGUUUCCGAGGAGGCCUGGACGUGACCCACGGACAGACGGGGGUGGAGUCGGUGUACACGAUAUUUCGGGACAGGGAGAUCAUGUUUCACGUCUCCACAAAGCUGCCCUUUACCGAGGGAGACGCCCAGCAGCUCCAGAGGAAGAGACACAUUGGGAAUGACAUUGUGGCCGUCAUCUUCCAAGAAGAAAACACACCGUUUGUCCCAGAUAUGAUUGCCUCCAACUUCCUGCACGCCUACAUCGUGGUGCAGGCCGAGAGCCCGGGCACGGACACCCCGGCCUACAAGGUCUCAGUCACCGCACGGGAAGACGUGCCGGCCUUUGGCCCACCUCUGCCCAGCCCCCCUGUUUUCCAGAAGGGCCCCGAGUUCAGGGAGUUUCUGCUCACCAAGCUCACCAACGCAGAGAACGCCUGCUGCAAGUCGGACAAGUUCGCGAAACUGGAGGACCGGACGAGGGCCGCCCUCUUGGACAACCUUCAUGACGAGCUCCAUGCCCACACACAGGCCAUGCUGGGACUCGGCCCGGAAGAGGACAAGUUUGAGAACGGGGGCCACGGGGGAUUCCUGGAGUCCUUCAAGAGGGCCAUCCGCGUGCGCAGCCACUCCAUGGAGACCAUGGUGACCAGCCAGAAGAAGCCGCACAGCGGGGGCCUCCCCGGCAGCCUCAGCGGGGGCAUCUCCCACAACAGCGUGGAGGUCACCAAGACCACCUUCUCGCCUCCAGUGGCAGCGGCAACUGCCAAGAACCAGUCUCGGAGCCCCAUCAAGCGGCGGUCGGGGCUCUUCCCCCGUCUGCACACGGGUUCUGAAGGCCAAGGGGACAGCCGGACACGGUGCGACAGUGCAUCCAGCAACCCCAAGACUGUGGACGGCGGGCACUCUUCUCAGGAGAUCAAGUCUGAGACCUCGUCCAACCCCAGCUCUCCGGAGAUCUGCCCCAGCAAGGAGAAGCCCUUCAUGAAGUUGAAGGAGAACGGCCGGGCCAACAUCUCCCGCUCCUCCUCCAGCACCAGCAGCUUCAGCAGCACGGCCGGGGAGGGCGAGGCCAUGGAGGAGUGUGACAGUGGGAGCAGCCAGCCGUCCACAACCUCGCCCUUCAAGCAGGAGGUGUUUGUCUACAGCCCGUCCCCAAGCAGCGAGAGCCCCAGCCUGGGGGCAGCCACCACCCCCAUCAUCAUGAGCCGGAGUCCGACAGAUGCCAAAAGCAGAAAUUCCCCGAGGUCAAACCUGAAAUUCCGCUUUGAUAAGCUCAGCCAUGCGAGCUCCAGUGCGGGUCACUAAUGCGAAAGAGGAGUCCUUCGCCUGUCAAAGG